AUGGCCCCGCUGGCCGUGCCGGGGAGGGGCUGCACUCAGGGGAUAAAAGCCCCGGCGGGCUCUGGGCUCAGCUACAGGGUCGGUGUCCUCCCAGAGCCCAGCAAAGCCGCCACCAUGGUGCACUGGUCAGCCGAGGAGAAGCAGCUCAUCGCCAGCGUCUGGGCCAAGGUCAACGUGGAGGAAUGCGGCGCCGAGGCMCUGGCCAGGCUGCUGAUYGUCUACCCCUGGACCCAGAGGUUCUUUGACAACUUUGGGAACCUGUCCAGCCCCACGGCCAUCAUUGGCAAUCCUAAGGUCCGUGCCCAUGGCAAGAAGGUGCUSACCUCCUUCGGAGAAGCCAUCAAGAACCUGGACAACCUCAAGGUGACCUACUCCAA